UUAAAGAAAGUUCAUUAAAAAAAUGGAAAAGAACGUACUAAUCUGUCUCAGCAUUUUGCUCUUGGGCUCUCUUUUAAAUGGGGUCCAGUGCGAUGAUAAGAAUCCCUCCACAGAGGUCAAGCGCUGUUCCGGCGGCAAGCCCUUUCCACUGGAGGUGCGAGUUCAUGGCUGUGUAGUUCCGCCAUGUAAUAUAAUUAAGGGAUCAAAUGCGGUUUUCGAGAUCGAUUUUGCCGUUGACAAGUUCAUCACAAGCAUGACGACCAAAGUUUGGGCCACAACAUUGGGAUUUAUAACGAUUCCAUACGAACUGCCUGCCGAUGUUGCCGCUGUCUGUCCAAAUCUCAUGUACGGCGCCUACUGUCCCUUGUAUCCCACGGAGGAUGUUACCUAUUUUUUUAAUUUUCCCGUCGGCGAAUAUCCCGAGAUUGGUGUCAAAAUUGAAAUAUAUCUGGUUGAUCAGGAUCGAGAUAUAGCCACCUGUUUCAUAUGUGAUAUUAAAGUCAAGAAAGGCUCUGGCGCCGAAAAAGUCUAUGAGUUGAACUAUCUCAACUAAAUAGAAUAAUAACCUAUUAAGCUAUACUCA